GCGACGCGCGCCGCGCACGUGCGAGGUACGUUACAACUGUAUCGUCAGUGUUUGUGGACUUUAUAGAUGUUAGUGGAAGACUAGUGUGAUCAUUGUGCCCUGAGAUUAACGGAUUACAUUGAAUAUACACUGAAUAUAAUUCAUUUGACAAUCAACAAUAUAAUGGGCUAGCCCUACCAAGAGAACUCGAAAAUGAAUGAGAGUCGAGAGCGCAUACGACGUGAGAGGGAGAGAGAGAAGAACACAUAUACUUCUCCCCGUCUAGCGUUACGUCGCGUGCUCUUAUUAGCCGAAGGACGUCAAUUCCGGGAAGCGGCGGCCAUCGUCGCGAGGCUCGGGCCAGGAGUGUUACAGAGCGUUGCGUCGGAUUUGCCAGUAGAUCUGCUGAUAGAAGCCUUACCUCAUUCUGCACAUCUUAUCGAGACACUGUUGAACAGGUUGUUAUCACUUGAAAUUGUUCCGCGGCCAGAGCUACAAUGCGAGGCAGUCGCUUGGAGACUUGUCGGUCUACUUGGAGUAGAUCAAGGGUCUGGUCUACGAGCUAGAACCAUUCGCCUGGCUAACGCCUUGGCGAAUUACAGCCCAGAUGCAAGGGAUGCUGUUGACAACAGGAGGAGACAGCUGGACGCAGCUGUACAAGGUCUAGGGACCCAUGGUUUGACAGCUGACGCUUCAGGGUCCCUGAUAUCGCUCCACGUGGCGAUGAAGAACGAGCUGCAGCGACACGUGGAGGUUUAUAAACAAGCUCUACACAAGCUGGAGGAACUGUCAUCUGUGACAGUGAACCAAGAUCCAGCAUCUUCAUCCCACCAGCGGUUACUUGCGCUAUCCCACGCUGACGUUGAGCGUCGACUUAUCGACAACAAGUCACUCCUGACUAUUGUCGAUAAACCUGCUUUACGGCAGUUGCCAACACUAGUGGCUUCCUUGUCAGCUAGGGUUGAAAGCGACAAAGCUGUCCUGGCCUGCGUUGGACAAAUCAAACGGAGUGAUCCAACGUUGGAUCUAAGUGACACAAGGCCAGUUGCAGGUGUACUAAUGAGCUACUCCCGAGGUUGUGCAGCUGUCUUGUCUCAGAUGAAUGAGGGUCAUUUGACAGCGGAGACAACGCCGCGCUCGCCGACAGACUCCGCCAGUGACGGGUACCAUUCGGACAGCGACGACUCACAGCAACAUCCAGACAGAAGUAAACUAGUGUCGCAAUACGCGGCGGUGUGGGCGCGUGCGGCCGAUGAGACGUUGCCGGCGCUCGCCGCGCUCGAGCCGCUCAAGUCUACACCCAAUCUGAAAUAUAAGAUUGUCUUCUCUAUUGUUGUUCUUUCCUUCCGGGCGGCGAUUAGUCUCCGAGACAAGCGAAUCAGCGAAGUGAAGGCUCUGCUCGGCUGCGAGUCGGAAGCGACGCCGGGCGCCGCGCAGCUGUCGGCCGCGGCUCUGCGUCUCCUACGGAACACUGCGCAUACGUUCCCGCUGGGAGAAGCUGAACGUACCGUUAUCAAUCAAGUGGCGAAUACGCUGCGGGAGUACCCCUGUCUGUCUUCGUGCGGAGCCCUCCACGCGCUGGCGGCGGCCGCGUGUCGCGCCGCGUGGGCCCUUGCUCUACAUUCACCGCCAUUGCGUAUAGACACUGACUUCACACCAGUCGUGAUGAACCCUGACAAACACGUACGCUUCUCCCUCGGCGACGCGCGCGAGCGCCGCUCAGACCUCAUCAAGUCGUUCGUGUGGCCCGCGCUCAUGGACGGCAACAGAUGCGUGUUCAGAGCUGUUGUCUUAACUUGACACCCUCGUCUCAUAUUCAUGGACGCAUAACAUACCACCUUCACUUUGAUUGAUUCUACUUUAACACCAGAGAUUAAAGGCUAUUGAAGUUUUAGUAAAUAGUAUUUAUGGAGAAUUAUAUCCCGACUAUUUAUAAGUGUACAUGAUACCUUUGUUUGUUACGUUUCACGUCUAACUACUCGACUGAUCGUCAUGGAAUCUGUAUAAGUGUCGUCAGUGGAAGAUAAGA